GAACUUCAGUUUGAAAUGUCUCUUUACGUUCAGAGCAUCCUCUCUUUCUUGUUCGCCAUUUCGGUGGCUAGCAAUGUUCAAGAUGAAUCUAUUGCAAAAAUGGCCAUUGAUGUACUUUCUUCAGAGCAUCAGCAACAAUUUGCAGUCACAAAUGACAUCAAGGAGUGGACAAUUGAUUGGCAUUCGGAUUUUGAAGAAGUCCGAUCUUCUUUGAUGGUCCCUGGCUCACAAGUCGACGCCAAGCAACUUCUUGAAGACAUCCUUUGUGACAAUGGACACGAUGAGGAAUCUGACAUGGGCGAUGAAUGGACCCGUGUGGAUCCAAUGGGAAGAUGCGGAUGCUGUGGAGCGAUGAAAUCUCUAACAUCUACGUAUCCAUCGCCGAUGAUGAUGUCAAUGUACUCCCCGAUGAGAUAUCCAUCUUUCGCAAACAACCUCCAACCUCAAUUGCAAACAUACAAUGGUUUGGUACAGACAGUUUGCGAUCGUAUGGUGGUUGAUUUCAAAAUGUCGGGACUUGAUCCUAUGCCAAUGUUGCUGCGAAGACGAUCAGUGAGAGAAAAAGCAAUCUUGACACUGUCUCGUUUUCAUGCAGCACGAUCGAUGAGAUCGAAUUCCAGUGAUCAGGGAGAAAGGAAUGGAAGAGAUCACGAAGGCCUGGAAUCAUCUCAAUGGGAGGUAGCACCGGUUCACGUAUUCUGCAGUCUGACCGGCCUUAGUACCCUCCGUCGCACUGGUGAUGUGCAAGCCAUGGCUCUUUCUAACGGACGAAAAAUGUUAAAAGUAAAUCUGGUAGCUGGGCCACUGAAACUUGAAUUACCAUCAGGUGCAACUGCUACUGGUAUGGCUCCUCCAGCUGAAAACCCCUCUAACGAAUCCGAUUUAUCCCAAGACCACACGUCCGAUCAAACCAUCACAGUAGAAGAAGUCAAUGCCGAAAUGCAUCUUAUGCUUCACCCUCGGGCUGGAAUUUUGCUUCACAGUUUCCAAUUCUCUAAACCAACCAAAUUCAGCAACGAAGCCGGAUCGGUUCCUCUGCAACGGAUCCCUUUACAUGCUACAGCGAUUCCCAUCAUCGAUAGCUUGAAUGAGGCAGCAGUUGCACAACAGCUGCGCCGUUCGAUCCGUCGUACACUACGCAACUCAUAAAACCAUUCUAUAAUAUACGAAAUGACUGCAAAGUGUAGAUUAUUUCAAUACAGUCAAAAUCGAUACAAAUUUGGUGUAACUAGAUCUAGUUACAUGAGCUGGUAACUAGACCCGUCACCUUCAACACAUUUUCGAGUUACAAAUAAAACACAUGUUCCGCUGAAA